AACAUACACAGAUAAAUUUUUAUUUUAACGAAAUAGGGCCACUUUGAAUGUGACUGGUCGGUCGAAAUUAUCAUUUAAAUUUUAAAUGUUAUUGCCUAGGACUGUUAAAUAUAGGUGAACAUGGAAGUUUCAGGUAAAACAAUCCAAAUAACUUCAGACCCUAAAGAUUUAUGUGAACUUUGUCAUAUCGGAGACACUCAGAUCGCUAAUGCCGAUGGAGUUUGUUUAGAAUGCGACCAAUUUAUGUGUAAUACAUGCUUCCAAUAUCACCUGAAAGUGAAAUCUUGUAAAAAUCAUGUUUUGGUUAAUAUCGCCAAGUUUUCACUUCAAAAGGAAUCUGAAAUUGCUAUUAAAUGCAAAACUCAUUGCGGUGAAUUGAUAAAGUUUUAUUGCCGCAAGCAUGAAAUCGUUGGAUGUGGUGAAUGCAUGAUACCUGAUCAUAUCCCAUGUCAACCUGAAAAUAUAAAGGAUUUAUCGAAAGAUUUCCAAGAAAAUGAUUCUUUCAAAAGUCUACUUGGAAAACUUGAUGAUAUUCGUUCAGCUAUCAUUGAUAACAAAAAACGAGUUGAAGAGGGAUUGAAGUCAAACAUAACGAUGCAAGAAGAAGCAAAGGAGGAAAUUAAAAAAUUUCGAACAAGGAUAAACGACUAUUUGGACAAAGCAGAAUCAAACAUUCUCCAAGAGCUUGAAAAUACACAUUGUAAAAAUAAAGAAAUUUUAGAAAAGCUUGAACGAGAAUUGUUGGAACUUUUUGCAAGAGCAACGGAAUUGGGUAAGAAAAUAGACACAGAAACGUAUCGGGAAAGUUCUCUUUUUGUUCAAGCAAUUGAAAGCAAGCCGGGUAUUAUUGAAAUAGAGCAAGAAAUGUCAAGAAUUAAAAUGGAGAAUAAUAUUAAACAAUAUACCUUUAUACCAGACCAACAAUUGAAAACUAUUUUGCUUGCACCUGAAAAACUUGGGAAUCUGGAUGGAUUACUGUCCGAAUCCAUUUCGCCGACUAAAUCACCUGGUGAUAAGGAAGAACGGACAUCUGACAAUGAAAAUGGUGAUGAAUCCCAUGAUGAAAGCGAAAGCAUUGACGGUCUUACACAAGACGAUAAUGACAGCGACAACAGUGAUGAAGACGAAGACCUUAAUCGUUGUCAAAUAUCCGAGGGAUCUAUUGUAAGACCUAUUGGGAAACCUUGGUCUAGAGGAUAUUUUAAGGUUCAUAGAGGACAGAAUGGUACGGUCAUAAAGGUGAACGACGACAAUUCUUUUGCUGUAAGAUGGCAUGCUACGGGACGAAAGAGUUUCAGACUUACAAUGUACAGCGUGGAACUUGUUUAAAUUGUCUUCAAACGUCUACAAUCAAAUGGGCAGACAACAGUUCAAGCGUCGGCAGCUGUACCAGUAUAUAUAUGUCGGCGCAUGAAAGACAAUGGACGGACGGUAAGUAUUCAUCUAUUAUUAACAUAACCCAACUAUGUUCGAAUAAAUCAAUGUUAUGGAUUCAUCAGCAAGAAUGAAUAACCCUGAAAGUCGUUCAAGGAAACAAUUUGCAGCGAUUUUGUGCUACAGUAACUAGGAAAGAGUAAAAAAAGAUUGUUCAUUUAAAAUAUAAUUUAUUCAUGAUACUUUCUUAUAGACCUCAUGCUUACGAAAUCCAUCUACUCUUCAAUAAUUUCUAAAUUUUACAUUCUUGCUGAUGAAUGGCUGUCGAUGAUAUCAUUAAAAAGAGGCGAACGGCUGAUGACGUUACUAAAAUUUUGAUGACACCCUAUAUCACUUUAACAGAAAAGCAUUUUUAAAGGUAUGGUUUGGAAUGUUGACGUUUACGAAUCGUAUGAUAAACGGAUUAAUUAUCAUGAGAAGAUAUAAGUAAAUAAAAAUGCCGUAUAUCAUCGGAUAUUGUGGUUAUUGUCGGCAAAACUUCACGUGAAGUAAAGCUUGCAUAGGGCUAGAAUUGUGUUAGCAUACUCCUUUGGGCGUUGACUAUGAAUCCAAUACAUUGAUUUACUCGAACACAAUUGGGAAAUGUUUAAUAUAGAUGAAUACUUACCGUCCGUCAAUUGUGUUUUCUGCGCCGACAUGUAUAUACUGGUACAGCUGUCGACGUUUGAACUGCUGUCUGCCCAUUUGUUGUACGGUGUGCAAAAUAAGUGUGCGUUAAGGCAUUCGUGUGAUUUGGCGUCUCAGGAAGUUUGAGGUCCGCAAGAAUGGAAAGAUUGAAAAACAAUUUUUACAAAGAGUGAAACAUAGGGAACAUGGUCUAAGUCCGAGUUUCUGAUAAUGAUAAAUGAUGAUUUUCUUCCGAGUUUCAUGUACGAUUACUAGAGUAAUAUAAGGAAUGUAUGACUUUAAAUCAUUAUGUGCAUGGAUGUUUUGGUGACUUAGAUGACCUUCUUUGUCUCACAGAAAUUAUGUUCGGUGGACUAUGUGUCUGGAUGGUUCCCCUCCCGUGUGUUGCAUCUUGGCAUUUGAAAGAUAAUGAACUGUUUACUUUUUAUGUAAAUGUGAUUAGUUAGUUAUUUAAGUAGUUUCUGUAUAUAUACUUAUAAUUUUUUGUUUGUCUGUCCAUCAAUAUACAUUGUAUUCUAUGGCUGCAUUUACCGACAAUUUAACACUUAAUUUUUAAGUUUAACUUAGUUAUCUUACCAACUACAUGUUGUUAGUUUUUGUGUAAAUAAGAUAAAUAACAGAUAUUUAUGUGAUUAACUAGAUAUAGAGGUACAUUUGUAUCGUUAGUAUUUAAAACUGCAGACACUUAACAGUGAAAUAACAGAUAACAAGCAAAUUUGUUGAAUUUAUAUCCCCCACCGAGGACUGGUUAUUACUAACACAACAACUGAAGACAUAAGGCUUUAUUUAUAUAUAUAUUUAUCAUGAUGUAAAUCAGUAAUAUUAUUAUUCAGGGCAAUUACAGAGCAAUUACUCUGUGUUAAAUAGUUAUAUCUGGACAUGCCAAUGAGAUGAAAAUUGCCUUUUUUUUUGUAUCGAUGGUUCCAAUACCGUUUUGUUGAAAUCAAUACAGCAGUUGCAAAGAAAUAGCAAUAUUGCUCUAUAUGCAUACUACAUAACUAAUCAAGGACCAAAAUUCUUUAAUGGAAGGUCUGGUCUGAACAAGGCAACAAAUUAUGCAUAUCUCCUCGUGGUAUAAAUAGUUCCCAUAAAGUUUAAUUGAUUUCCAGCCAGUAGUUGCAGAGAAGUAGCGUGGAAACAAUUAUUGCUCUAUACGCAUUAUUCAUAACUUAUCAAGGGCCAUAACUCUGAGUUAAAGUGUCUGACUGGAACAAGGCGACGAUAUGCGCAUCUCCUCUUGAUAUUGAUGAUUCCCAUAAAGUUUCGUUGAAUUCCAGCCAAGAGUUGCAGAGAACUAGCAAAAUUCGCACGGACAGAAGGACGG